AAUCUUCCCCUAAGCUUUAUCCGAAAAACCAUUCGUCGACGUCGUAGCUACCAAUCUGCGUCCACAAUUUGGAAAUUAGAUGCUUCCAAUUGAUCCCGCGAUAACGCGGAUUUCGUCGAGGCCAGCGUUAUCAGGUCGCGAAACAUUGUCGCUUGGGGAGUACGCGUUCGCGGCGCGAUAAGAGGUGGGGAUGGUCGAUGACGUUCUGUUUUUUUUUUUUUUUCUCUGGAGCGAUUAAGAAAUCGAGGGAACACCGGGCAAAGAACAGAAGAAGAGGCACAAUUUCCCCUCUCCAUUCACCUCGUCGCGUGUAGCCAGGAGUCCUCGUUGGCUAUAGCCCAGAGUUCGGCGUCACAGUCAAACGCAAACGGUGGCCGCGGUAAAACCGAUCCGUGCCGCGAAUGCUCGAAAAAUCGAGGGAAGAGGUCCUCCGUGGACGAUCAUUGGGGAUCGAUGGCGACGAUCAAUCGCCACGGGGACGCCGGUGGUCCGAUCUGAUCGCGACGCGGCGUCAUUCAUCGGCCGCAACGAAUAUUUACGCGUAAUUUUCGUAGAAUAUCAUCGCAUUUGCCGCGUUUACGCGACGUCGAACGAACGAAAAACGACCAACGAAGCGCAGAAUCUCUACGAUCCAUCGAUCGAUUUGAAGUUUCGACUGGGUUGCGACGAAAUUGAAUCCUCGAGUUGAAUCGGUGGAGAAGUUAUCUAUGGCAGAGGAUCCUUGGAUGGUUUAGCUGAUCGUGGUAGUGACUCUGUUGUAUUUUGUGGAUUUUUAGUGAAGAGUGACAGGUCUGCCAAAAUGGGGGUGAAGAACUUCAUCAUGAAAAGGAUACCGUUCUGUAAGAUGAAGGCGAAGAGGAAAUACCAUGGAACGAACACAGCAACACCGACGCAGAACACCGGCCAGGUGGAGCAUCAGGGUGAUUUUGACAACGCGAGCGUCGGCAGCGGGAACUCGAACCUCAGCACGGGUGCGCUACAGAACAUCAGGGAGCAAAUGGCGGCUUCGUUGGAACGAAUGAGGGAGCUCGAGGAACAGGUCAAGGCGAUUCCCAUGUUGCAGGUGCAGGUGUCGGUGCUGAAAGAAGAGAAACGGAAUCUCCUGCGACAAGUGGACGAGCUGAGCAAAACGAAUUCCAGCGACGACACGUUGCACAGGUACAGAAGCCAGUCGUUCUCGGAACAGAGAGCGUCGCAGCGAAACCUGAAGAACGCCGCGACGCCGACCCGAGACAUGGGAACUAUGUGCGGCGUCAUGACACGGGACGUCGGCGUCUCGCAGCAGCAGGUCCGAACACGAGAUAUCGGCAUGAUAACAAGCACCCCGAUAAAACGAUCCCUGCAGAGGAGUCGAUUGCAGAUCGAAGAAAUCGUACCUGAAAUAGGAGACCAGAGCACGCUGCUGGACGACAGGACGUCAUCGAGCUACGACAAGUUCUACUCAAACGACUCUCGCGACAGUUGGAAGUCGACCUUAACCCGCAACCAACUGAUGAACGAGGAGCCGACACAUGAAGCGAGAAUGUGGGAUCGUUUGAGAAGGAGUCCACUUCAGGUGGAAUCGACGCCGCCUACCAGUCCGAAAUUCGCCAGAGACGCGAGGAAAUAUCGAGAUAUCGGCACGAACACGAGGAACAAGCUGAAGGAUCUCGUGUGCAGUCGGUUCGUGAUCGAGGACAUCGCACCAGAGACGAAGAAGGAGGUCAGAAAGCGAUCCUAUGGAACCACGACCAGUUUGACCAUGAAGGACGUCCUGACGAAGGAGGACGUGGCUGUGAUCGUGGACGACGCUCUCAGGAUCUACAAGAGUACUCUGAUGAAAGACACCACUUCCAGAGGAUGUCAGUGCACGCCAGAGCCCUUGAAGAUCGUCGAGAAGAAGGAUCAGUACGCCCAGGUAGCCGAACCUUUCAAGAUGAGGUGUAACGUGGGAAUGACUGCUAAGCCAAGGGUGUCAGAAAUUGGAAUCGAGGUCAGAGUUAGUCCUCAAACGAGGACCAUCGCCGUUGGUCCCGAUCCUCUAGCUACCCAACCUCUGUCUCUACAUUCGAUGAACUCGAGGAGCUAUUCGUUCAACUACGGCGACAAUAAUGUAAAGAGGAAGACCACCAAGUCUGUAAGCGUCAUGGUAGAUGAUCUGGUGAGGACCACCGUGAAGAGCACCGAUACAACUGGGCUAGCCCCCAAGAAGAGAGAGUUUGGUACGUCUCCGAUCAAGAAGAAGUUCACCGAUGUUUCCGUAGGGGAAUCAGUGAAGCCUCACAUCUCCAUCUCCUGCGCGGCUAAUUAUUGCGACAACUGCAAGGAGACCAUCAAGAAUCUGGCGAAGCAGAUCGUGAACAAUGCUGAGAACAACAUGAAUCAUCAGAACACGAGUCUGGUCUCGAGGAUACCAAGGCCUUCUCACAUCCCGUUGAACAAUAUGACCGAUCAAAGGAGGCAGUUCAAACGACAGGACACCUACACGAAGAUACCCGCUGUUGGUGUGAUUAGAUACGACUCUGAUAACAAGGAUCAAUAUGAGAACAGUAAUCGUAUCCAGCAACUGCAAGGGGAAAAGAGAAAGGAUGAGAAGUCAGAGGAGAUAUACAUUGCAAAUAAAGAGACUGACAUCGAAGAAAAGCACGAGCUUCCAGAGUCUGCUCUGUUCCAGCCGAUUCAAGAGAAACCUAGAAAGAAGCUCGAACCCACCAAGGAGAUGCAGGCCGCCAUGAAAGUCCUAAACGAUAGCCUUAAGAAAUCACCUAGCAAAAAUAUUACGCAUCAGAUGAAGAACGCUAUCAACAUCAUCCAGUUGGAGUGGUUCAAAAUCUCUAGCACCGUGAGCGCGAAUCCCUUAGAAGUAGAAGAUUAUCUAGACUGUUUCGAAGAAUGCUCUAGCUCCUUGUUAGAAUACAUUGUUAAUAUGACCGACUCGAGCGGAAACACUGCGAUGCAUUACGCGGUCUCCCAUGGGAACUUCGACGUGGUUUCUAUACUUCUAGACUCGAAAGUUUGCGAUAUCAAUCAGGCAAACGUGGCUGGAUACACGGCUGUGAUGUUGGCAGCUCUUGCAGAAGUCAGAAACUCCACUCAUGCAUCUGUGGCUAACAGGCUAUUCCAACUAGCAGAUGUUAAUAUUCGAGCCAAAUUGCAUGGUCAAACCGCCUUGAUGCUGGCAGUAUCGCAUGGCCGCAAGGACAUGACUCAAUUGUUGUUGGACGCAGGAGCAGCGAUUAACAUUCAAGACGAAGAUGGUAGCACAGCCUUGAUGUGCGCUGCAGAACACGGACAUACGGACAUCGUACGACUAUUACUCGCGCAUCCAGAUUGCGAUCCAUCUAUCGUUGAUAUAGAUGGUAGUUCCGCUCUGAAAAUUGCGUUAGAAGCUGGUAAUCGAGACAUCGGAGUGUUACUUUACGCUCAUGAACGCGUGAAUAGAGGAACGAGUCCCUACUCGUCGAUGAGACGUAGUAGGAGAGGGUCCAAACCAACAACGCCUACAGGACCCUCUCCUUCAGCACCAGUAAGUCCAGCCCCAUCCCGAAGAAUGCAUUCGUCAACAGUUUCCCUGAACUCGAAAUAUUCUGCUAAAUAAUUUUACAAGCACUGGAAGACUCUCAUAGGUAUUUAACAUACUAGCGUAUAGUUUCGAAUCAUAAUCGUAUCAUGGCUAAGCAAUAAUACAAUCGGCGUCCCGUGUUUCCUAUAUUUAUUGCUAAUGUGUUUUAAUAUUUAUCGUCGAUUACAAUAUUCUAACGUGUUAACCACCGGAUAAACGAGAUCACGUUUCUUGCCUAACGAUUCAUUAGCCCAGCACAAGCGUUUUUUUAAUUUAAGAUAAUCCAUUUUAACUGCUCAACUUUGUAUACAAUUAUUCGAGAGAAGUUUGAAGGUGUUGUUUUGUAAAGUUAGUGGGUAGAAAGGAUACGCGCGAAACGACGUUAGCCGAUAGAGGAAGGAUUUUUGUAUAAUAAACUGUGGAAACUUCUUUCUAGGUGCUAUCAAAGUAAAAGUGAAACCCUUUUUCAUUGUUGAUAGAUUUUAUAUGACGUCGCGAGUACGAAGCUACGAUGAUUUUAACAGACAAUUUUCAGAAAAUUUGAUUCUUAACUCUAGAAACUGUGUGAAAGUACAAAAAAAAUUUCGUAUGUAGGGAAAGAGUCACAGUGCAAGAAUCAAGUAAUGUCUUCCAACAUCCUGUGGCAUUAAAAACAUUCCAAAGUGAAUCAUUAAUAAUCCGAAUUUCUUAUCGCAGAAAUUUCUGACUCACGUCUACAUUAAUGUAUUCGAAUUUCAGGCCUAGUUUCCAUUAAACCCUGGGGAUCAAACUGUCAGUAGAAUAAUUGUGUACUGAUAUACAUAGAAAGACAUAAUACGAUUACAUGGUGCACAAACGCGAGAGACACGAUUAAUUCUUGCGAUUAAUGUUGAAUUUAUAUACGAGAAACAUUCUUUAGAACUUAUCGAUCGUCGUUCGAUGUUGAAGUAGAGAUGUUAUAGACGUGAAAGUAUAAUAAAUAUAGUAUCUGUGGAUUACGAUACGAAAUAACGAAGGGCAUACGAAGGAAUGCGACUAAGUUGUAAUACUUGUUGAAAUUUUUUCAGGGUACAGUUUAUAGAGCACAGAAAUGUAUUUAAUUUUCAUUCCUCGUUUAUGCGUGUCACCUUCGUAAUUAGGAAUUGGAAUACGUAAGAAGAGUUUUUAACGUUGAACGUUUUCUUAUAGGGUUGUGAAUAUCUAGAAAAUAACGAGCGUAUUUAAGUUCAACAUCAAAGAUUUAGGUUAACGUUGUAAUUGAGUAUUCCUAUCGUUAAGAAUCUAUAUUAAUGUUAAGUGGCGAUUACAUAUAUCAAAGGUAGCACUGAAUCAAGUAAUAGAAUUGUAGGGAUCUAGGAAGUAGAGGACUACUUUUCAUUGUUUGUGCCUUUAUAUUUAACAUACUGUAACUGAUAAUAAACUCGAGAAGAAACUACAUGAAGUAAAUGUAUUGUAUUAUUAUUUAUAAAGAAUCAAUGUGUAAAAUAUAAUUCGUAUGGACUGAAUUUCACUUUCUCUAAAUAAAAUUUCUAUGAUGAAAUCCAUGAUAAA